ACCACACACCAACGCAACUAAGAAGAGAGAAAAAAACAGAAAGAGAAGAAAGAGCAAGAAGAAGAAGAAAGAAUCAAUUAGGGUAACCAUGGAAAACCAAUCCUCAGAGAUGCACUUUCUUCUUCUCGAAGAGGUUCAGUUUUUGAAGGUCAACGACGAUUCUCUCUUGCAGUGGGAGCUCGUCGAUGUCGUCGACGCCGAAGAGGAAUUCGACGAGUUCGAUUCUUCCGAUUCUUCCGAUUCCUGUCCCAACCGUGCUCCAAUUGAAGAAAUUCGUCAUCUUCUUCUUCGUGAGAGUUUACACGAUCACGACGUUGAUGGCGAAUCGCAAGUCGAAUCGGGUUUAGAUGUUCGGCACUACGAUCAUCACCAACGUUACUUUCCUCAUCGUGAUGCUGAUGAUGAUGAGGAUGAGAAUGAUGAUGGUGAUGAUGAUGGCUAUGGUUUGGAUGAUGAGCUUGUUCCGUGGACGGUGAGCAACAAGUUCGGGAGACAGAGGAUGAGGAAAUUGGGGAAAAGGGCAUUUUCGAAAAUGCACAGCUCCAAAAAAUCUCCUUAUCUGUUUGUGAGGCCUGGGUGUGUCCGUGGCAAGCACGGUUUGGGCCUUAAGCACGUUACUGACUCCUAAUUAGGGUUAUGGAUUAUUGAUUUGGUGCUCUCUUGAAUAUGUUAGGCUGCUUAAUUUAACUUUUAGAAUCCCUGAUUAUCAUUUGUAUUUUAAUAUCAGGUGGAUAUAUCUCUAGGACAUGUAAUGAUUGAUGUCUUUCUCUUUUGUGCAUACCUCGCACUGAUUCUCAAUGUAUUUACCAAUGGAAAAUGAAAAAAAUUCUUAUGCUUCUGCGUA